UCACCCACCACUUCAAGUCUCAACAAAAUCUAGGGUUUUAGGAAAUUCCUUCAGAAAAAAAAAGAGGCUUGUAAUUCUCUCUAUUUCUCUGAAUUGUGUGAGAAGCAGAAAGAAAACGCAAUCAAAAUCGAAAGCAGGAUCAGAGAAGAGAAGAAAAUGGAGGGAGGUGGAGAAGGAGAGAUAGAGAGGGUGGAGAACUCGAAGGACUUGCAGCAGCAGAGCAAAGCCUUCGAUAAGCUCACUGACCGCGUCGAAGAUCGCCAGCUCGACUCUACCCGAGUCCAGGAGGCCAUGGCUUCCAUUGCUGCCUCCUCCGAAGCCGAUUGGAAUGCUAUGCGAUUGAGGGAGAAGGAAUUGGCUGCAGUGAAGAUCAAUGCAGCUGAUGUUGACAUAAUUGCAAAUGAACUAGAGUUGGACAGGAAGGUUGCUGAGAGGACCUUGCGGGAGCACAAAGGUGAUGCCGUUGCUGCCAUUCGACACUUGCUUCACUAGAAUAAUGCCCUUGACAAAAUGAAGAUGACAAGAACUUGGGUUUCUUCUUAUUUUCAUUGUUCAAUGUUAAAUCAGAUGUUCACAUUGUUGUAUUGUGAUUUGUGACGAGGAUAGAUUAUUAAGAAACGUGCAGGUUUGUGAGUGUUACAUGUUUGGCUUGGAUU